AUGAGUUUCCUAAAGUUACAUAAACUAAAAAAAUUAAGAAUAGAAAGCAAGCAAUGCACCUAGAAGAUACUUACAGUAAAUGGACCUAUGAAAGACCCAAAUGAAGAGCCUAAAAUAAAUAUUCUGGAAGCUAUUCUACUACAUCUUUUUUUAAGUGGCUUAUCAAUCAAGCAUAUUUUGUUUUCGAAUACUUCUUUAUCAAUUAUUAAUUGGUUUAAUUCAGGUAUCAUUGGUAAUAAGCACAUGGAUGAGGAAAUAUUUGUAAAGCAUUAACCUAUGGUUACUACAUACCAUUAAUUUAAGCUAACUCCGAUUAUGGUUUCAAUUUAGGAUUCUGGUGCUUAAAAUUCAAUACCUAUCACUGAAAUUAAAAUUCCAAUUGUUAAAAAAGCUUUUCUAUUUAUAUACCUUGAUAUUAAAGGAAAUAAAAAUAAGAAAAUAAUGUAAAAUAUUGAGCUUAGAGUAUAAAAAUAUCCAAUAAAUUCAGAUGUCAAACCAAGUCCUUAAAUAUGUGCAGCAUAUAAAGGAGUAAUAAAAGACUAAGCAGUCGAAAUUCCAAUGGAUACUAAAAAUGUUGAGAAUAUUUUUUUAUCUGUCAAAUAUUUGUAAUACUCGCUGGUGUCAAUAGAGCUAUUCUUUUUUAUAUUUUUUGGGAGAUAUUUAACAGCAAUUAAGCUUAGUAAAAAGAUAGAGCUUAUAGUAUAAAAAGGUAUAAAGUCUCCAAUAAAGGAGUAACAUAUUUGA